GUCAAGUCUUCGUUGUGUUGUGAAUCUAACAUACCCACUGAUCGGUAAGCGUCACGCCGGUCUCGUGAUACGGGCAAAUAAGAAGGGCUGCUGCGCUCGCGAGUCAGCUGCUGCAGCGGUUGAUGCGGAAGUGGAUCGGAGUUUCCAGGUCCAUUUGUGAUUAUAGGUACUUACCAACAGAACCAUGGACUUCCGAGCUGCUGCCAUCGUUUUCUUCGCCCUAAUUGCUUUCACUUGUGCGGAGCCAGUGAAAUAUAUUGACUGUGGAUCUUCGGUUGGCAAGGUUUCAAUGGUUGACAUUAAACCUUGUCCUCAGCAACCGUGCCAGCUACGCAAAGGACAGUCGUAUAGUGUCAAUGUAACAUUCAACAGUGAUGUGGUGAGCCAAACCAGCAAAGCGGUGGUCCAUGGAAUUAUUGCUGGAGUUCCUAUCCCUUUUCCCAUUCCUAUUGAAGAUGGCUGCAAAUCAGGAAUUGUGUGCCCCAUACAGAAGCAGAAGAGCUACAACUAUGUGAAUGCACUGCCUGUAAAGUCAGAGUAUCCUUCAAUAAAGUUGGUGGUCGAAUGGGAACUGAAAGAUGAUACCAGCAAGGACUUGUUCUGCAUCAAGUUCCCUGUUCAUAUUGUGAGCUGAGUUAACAAUACUGCUAAAAAAAUUUUUUAAGGGAUUCAAAUUUGACAAGAUGGUGAUUGGGAAUGUUCUAUGAAGAUUUAAAUGGUUUUAAAAUGUUUCACUGCUUUGCAAAACAUUUCGUUAUCUGUACACCAUCUAGAAUUCUGCAGCCGAGUGUUGAACUAAACAAAUACUGGACUGCCUGUUUAUUUUAGGAGCUGUAGAUGUGAAGUAACGUCCCUAGUUUUUCUGUACUUGAAUGACUCUGGCUUGAUAAUUACAUUCCCCUGCAGGGCAAUUUUCUAAUGUCCUUUUCUCUUACUGGCUGCUGUGUAGUCAGAAAAACUAUUUGGUGCAUUUCUUUUUACUAAAAGUUUUUAUAACAAGUACUUCACACAAACUAUGCUGCCGAGAAGAAAUUUAGUUUGUAAAUUUGAUUUUUGUGGUUAAUUCAAAUAAAGACAUUUAACUAAAUUUGUGCUUUUCAA